CAUCUUCAACCCCUCUGUAACAUGUGACCAGUGUACGUGACAGCAGUGUUAUAAAAAGGCGAGUAUCUGAGACAGGAGAGCGAGAGACCAGCCGGUUCUUCUACAGAUAAAGAUCUCUGUACAAAGAUCUCCUCCUGUGAUCAUCUCACAUCUUCUACUGAACUCCAACAUCAAGAUCCAGCAGCUUGUGGACUGCAGGUAGAUUUCUGCUCUCCAUCAUCUGGUACAAACCUCACACAUUCUUCAUCACACAUUCAUCUCACACACUCUUUAUCUCACUCUCAUCACACUCCUCAUCUCACACUCUUCCUCAUCACACACUCCUCCACCGUGUGUCAGGAUGAAGCUUCUCGCUCUGGUGCUCCUGCUCUCCACUUUCUCCUCACUGACCCUGAUGGAGGUUGUGAUGGAUUUCAAAAAUUAUUGUUCUGAGUUCUUCAUCCAAAUCAUCACCCCGACUGUUUUCAAAGGCUAUCAGUAUAAGCAGAUUUGUCAGCGCCUGAACAACCUAUACACAUUUGCUACGCUGUAUGACAUGAAGAAUAGGAUCCCCGUCUACUCAGCCUACACCUUCUCAGGGGGAGAUGAGAGGGAUCGGAAAGGAGUGUGGAAAAAUGAACCACAGCUGGAAAACAUUCCACAGCGAGAAAUGAGGGAGAUCACCAAUGAUGAGGUGGAUGAGUUUUUUCACCAGGCUGUGAACAGAGACUAUAAAGAGAGUGGCAAAUAUACUAAAAUUAAUUAUACUAGAGGUCAUGUGUUUCCAUAUCAAUAUGCUGCUGAUCAGAAUCAGGCAGACUCCACCUUCACAUUUACCAAUAUAGCACCACAAACACAACACAGCAAUGGAGAAUGGGCAAACAAAGUAGAGACACCGAUGAAGGCAGAGAUACAGAGAGUGUGCAGUCAAGAAAAUAGAAUCUUUGCUUUUAUAGUGACUGGAGUAGUUCCAGGGAAUAAUUGGAUAACCAUAAGAAGAUCUGCAAAAAAAAAAAAAAAGUAUCAACAAGGUGUUAACAUUCCCAGUUUUUACUGGACUGCAUUCUGUUGUUAUAUCAAUCAGACCACAAUAAUUUCGAAAGCCUACCUCGCUCAGCAAAACGAACCGAACCCCAGACCUCCUGAAAUAACGAGUGUUAAUAUCCUGAACAGACGCCUCAGCAGUCUGUAUAAUCAGGAUUUCAAAGUAUUUGGUGAUAUGUGUUUGACUUGAGUACAGUCCGAGCUCGUUCCAUCUGAUUCUCUGGUUUGACCUAAAACUGCUUCAUCAAAUUACUUCAACAAAUGUUUAUAAUGAAUCACAGAAUCUUUGGUGUGCUUUACUUCACCUGCAGAAACUGAUUAUAUUCCUGUAACAGAACGUCCUCAAGUGUUUUAUUCCUCUUAUCCUACAGCAUUUUCUUACAUUUACACCUUUCUGUGUUAAAGAAAGACACGUCUUAUUUUUUAUUUCUUUGUAAUUGUGUGACUAUUUUUAAAUGAGUUGUGUUGUAGAAUUAGAAGGAAACAGACUGAUACCAAGCUGUUUGUUGUAUUUCUGUAUCAUUGGUACAUUUCUGUCUGUUAAAUCUCCUGCAGAUCUUUAAUAAAUCUUCAUUACAUCAGACU